AUGCUAAAUUGGAUUUUAUUUUUAUUUUUAUUUUUAUUAUUUAGCGGCAGCAAUGGCGGCAAUCGUAGCUACAGUUGGACCAGCAAUGGCGGGUGUGACUGCACCGAAUCCAUACACUCUUCUUCCCGGUCCUCUUUGGAAUUCUCUUCACCCAGCUGCAGUCCAGGCCCGUCGUGACAAGACCAUUAGAUUUGGAUUACUUUCUUCUAUCAAAGCUGUAGAAAACAGAUCGGAUGAGGUAAUGGCACAAGAAACGCAAGAGGAAGAAGUAGAAGAGAAUCUGAAUAUUUCCCAAAUUAAACAGCACCUCUUUGCUGCUCUACAAGGCAUAAAUAGAGGCAUAUUUGGAGUGCCAUCAGCCAAGAAAAGUGAAAUCCAAAAUUUGGUUGAGCUGCUCGAGUCUCAAAAUCCCACACCUGAACCAACUCUCUGCUUAGAGAAGGUAGCUGGAGCUUGGAAGCUCAUCUAUAGCACCAUUAGUAUUCUCGGCUCAAAAAGAACUAAACUGGGAUUGCGGGAUUUCAUUAACUUGGGAGACUUCAUCCAAACAAUAAAUGUUGAUCAGGGUAAAGCUGUAAAUGUGAUCGAGUUCAGUGCCAGAGGGCUGACUGUACUUAGUGGACAAUUGACAAUUGAUGCAUCUUUCAAGAUUGUCUCAAAUUCACGAGUCGAUAUCAGUUACCAAAAGUCAGUGAUCACCCCAGAUCAGUUGAUGAAUGUUUUCCGUAAAAACUAUGACCUGCUUCUACAAAUAUUCAACCCAGAUGGCUGGCUCGAGAUCACAUAUGUUGAUGAUGCGUUGAGAAUCGGCAGAGAUGAUAAAGGAAAUAUCUUCAUCUUAGAGAGAAUAGAGAUUUGCUGAGUUGCAAUCAAAUCCUUUUUUAUUUGUGAUGUGCAAGCAAAGGUAAAUGCAUUUUUGAUGGAAACAAAAUUUUGUUGCAUUUGGAUUCUGGAAAUAGAGCCAGAUAGUUUGUAUACACACCCAAUUAUGAUUAAAAUAAUAAUUAACCUCGUUUUUCGUCUUUCGACACAA